AAAGAAGACAGGCAUAUGUGAGAAGAAGCAAUGAGAAGAUUGGCAGGAUUUAGGAAUCUAUUUGAAAUAUUCAUUACCUAUUUUGGAUUGGUCUUAAAAAUUUAAAGAAAUAUAAAGCUGGAUAAUUAAAGAUAAAUAAUAAAGGAAGAAUACAAGGUUUCUAUGCUAUGAAGCAACUGAGAUUAUUAUGAUUUUGGGGCAGUGAAUUUGUUUCUAGAAGUUUUGUUGGAACUAAGGCAAAACGCUGUGAGCAUAUUUUCAAUGAACUCUCCUGUGCCUUCUAGGAAGAAAAACAAAUGACCUUGGAAUGAAAAACUUUAAGGAAAUAUUUACGCAUAGGGAUUGCAAUUAUUCAAAAAUCAUUUUAACUUGUCAUGUUAAUGAUAAGAGUGAUGAUCAGCAAAGUUACUCCACCUAACCACUAUGAAUGAUAGUCUUGUCUCACCAACCCCAGCCCAUCAUCUGUUGGACUUGGAGCUCACACUUUAAAAAAGAAGAUCAUUCUAACUGCCCCUCAUGACUACUGAAGAGGCUAUGCCUGAAAAAGCAAAAUGUCCUACAUUAGAGAUCACCAAGCAAGACUUUUUUCAAGAAGCAAAAACUCUCAUUGCCCAACAUUAUGAGAAAAUAAAUGAGAAUAAAGUUCAAGGUACUUCUAUAAAUGUUUUUAGAAAGAAACACCAAAAACCGAAAUCUGGCAAAUACAUACCUUUGGAGAUUGACAAAAAGGUAACACGUGAUGUGGUGCAAGAACAUCGGGCCGCACUCAGAAGGAUUUGCUUUCCCAAGGAGCUUUCCAAAAGCGAGCAUCUUCAGGAACCCGCACAACGAAUCUCCUUCAAGGAACCACACAUUUUUAGUAGAAGAGAAAGAUGCAGGCCCAUAGAUCUAAUUACAAAAGGACAAGUUAAAUUGGAUAAAAUCAUGACUAUUAUUGAACCAGUGAGUAAAAAAAUGGAGACAGCAAAGCAACAGCACUUUGAGGAGUCCAGAAACAGAAUGUUGGAAUUACUCUAUCCCUUUCCUGUCCAUCUUUACUUACAACCUGGGACCUCUAACUUGGAACUUCUGAAAGAACCUGACAAAGCAUUCUAUGACUGGAGAGGAUUUGUGCCGACAAGGUCUUUCCGUUUGGCUUGUGACUCCCGUCGAGUUAGUUUCUCUCAAUCAUCAUCAGUAUUUCGGGAUUAUUAUUCUAAAACCUUUAAAACCCUUAUUAAAAAGGAGCAACAACCUAUCAAGCCAGAACCAAAAUCACAACCCAGGAUAAAAGGUACUCCAAAUAAAACUGAUAAACUUGACAGUAAAGUUAAAAGAAUUGGACCACACAUAGAAAUCUUCCAAGUGUUCCGAGAAAGAAAAAAAUUCAUGAUUACCCCAAAAUUGAUUAGAAUGGUCACCAUCAUGCAGGCACAUGUCAGGGGAUGGCUUGAACGGAAAAGAUUGCAAAGAGUAAUGACCAAGGCUUUGGAUCAUGGACCGGAUAUGAAAGCAGUUAUUAACAUGUAUGGCAGACUAAUCCACCGUGUUAGAUAUCGACAUGGUCUUUGGAGGACAAGACAAAUUCUCAACUUAGCAGAGCUAGAGGAGUGGAUGGACCGAAAAAAAUUCUAUGAAAUAAUGUUUGCUAAGAGGGAAGAUUGGCCAAAAAUUGAAAGAAGUGAGCUCCCCAAUUUCUUCAGUGACUGUGGUCAUUUCCCAACUCAGAAACAAGUUGAUGAUACUUGGGACCUGGUCCAUCAAGAUGGCAAAGAAAAAUAUUCUGAACUAAUCAAAAAGUCCAAAGCAAUUGAAAUGUUAUUUACACUCUAUCCUCCUGAAGGUGCACAUGUGCCUGACAGUACACUACUCAAGUCGACUUGGUUGAGACCCAUAGUAAAUGGGGAAGAAGGUUAUAGAUAUAUAGUAAAUGGACAUCCAGCACUCAAACGAGCUAACAUCCGGGUUGUUGGAAAGUUGGUGGCCAGAUCCAUAAGAGAAAGGAAAAUGAGACAACAUUAUAAGUCAUGUUUUCUACAUUUGACUCCUUGAUUUUUAGCAAGUUGAAGUAAGGCUACUGAAUGUCUUUUAGAGGUGUGAUCCUACAUUAAGUUCAGUGACAAUAUUUCACUCUAGAGCUGUAGAAGACAGUGUAAGGUCAUGGAAAAGAAGCCUUCACUUUUCAGUAGUCAGUUUCUAUAUAAAAAUUGGCACUUGGUGCUCAUCAAAGAACAAGAAAUAUUGGAUAUGCUCUAAAUGUCCAUUGUGUUUUUGAGCCAACUACCUGAUGGAAGUCAUCACUUAUAUGUAAAUGAACUGUCAAUGGCUUGCCACAGUUGGCAAUCACUGAACUGUGAAGGGUAUGUCUUAAUAAAAACUGAAGCUCUUCACAGACUUUGAUUUACUGGAAAUAAAAUAGAAGAGUCCUCUGAGACUACAAAGGACACUUGUUUCAGAUAAAACAUCUAGACAGUAGCAAUAUAUUUAGGGCUUUUAUUAUAGCAAAACUGCAAAUUAGAAUGGAGUGGUGAGAAAGUUCCUGUGACCCAGCUGAAUUCUAAAACACUGCUUCUGACUAGAGUAAUAUGAUCUUUAAAAUAGCUAAGCCAAAUUAAAUAAAAGUGCAUU